UUUCUCUGAACGAUUCUUAGGGUUUUGAUUCUCUCUCGCUUCUUUUUCGAUCGCAGCAGCUCUCGCCGAUCCUGUAUAAUCGGGAAUCGGUAAUCGUCAAGGUCUGUUUAGGGUUGAGGAGAGCUUCAAAAGUUGUUUGUCAACAUGGAGCGCAAGACUAUUGACUUGGAGCAAGGAUGGGACUAUAUGCAGACUGGGAUUACCAAGCUGAAACGGAUUCUGGAAGGAUUGCCCGAGCCAGCAUUUGACUCUGAGCAAUAUAUGAUGCUCUACACGACUAUCUACAACAUGUGCACCCAGAAACCUCCUCAUGAUUAUUCACAGCAGCUUUACGACAAGUACCGUGAAGCAUUUGAGGAAUAUAUUAACUCAACAGUUUUGCCUGCUUUGAGGGAGAAGCAUGAUGAAUACAUGCUGCGGGAGCUGGUUAAAAGAUGGUCGAACCAUAAAGUUAUGGUUAGAUGGCUAUCCCGCUUCUUCUACUAUCUUGACCGUUACUUCAUUGCUCGGAGAUCACUUCCACCACUGAAUGAAGUUGGCUUGACAUGCUUCCGUGACCUGGUUUAUAAUGAGUUGCAUUCUAAGGUCAAAGAAGCUGUAAUAGCACUUGUUGAUAAAGAACGGGAGGGCGAGCAGAUUGAUAGGGCUCUACUGAAAAACGUAUUAGAUAUCUAUGUAGAGAUUGGAAUGGGACAGAUGGAAAGAUAUGAAGAAGAUUUUGAAAGCUUCAUGCUUCAAGAUACAUCAUCUUACUAUUCUCGCAAGGCAUCAAGCUGGAUUCAGGAAGAUUCUUGCCCUGAUUACAUGUUGAAGUCUGAAGAAUGUCUAAAGAAGGAGAGGGAGAGGGUGACUCACUACCUUCACUCCAGCAGUGAGCCAAAGCUGGUUGAGAAAGUACAACAUGAAUUGCUGGUAGUGUAUGCAAGUCAACUUCUAGAAAAAGAGCACUCAGGGUGCCGUGCAUUGCUAAGAGAUGACAAGGUCGAUGAUCUCUCCAGGAUGUACAGGCUUUACCAUAAAAUUGUGCGAGGUUUGGAACCUGUUGCUAACAUCUUUAAACAGCAUGUCACAGCAGAGGGUAACACUCUUGUCCAACAGGCCGAAGACACGGCUACAAAUCAGGCUGCAAAUACUGCUAGUGUCCAGGAACAGGUUCUUAUCAGAAAAGUGAUUGAACUUCAUGAUAAAUACAUGGUAUAUGUCACCGAAUGUUUCCAGAACCACACCCUCUUCCAUAAGGCUUUGAAAGAGGCAUUUGAGAUUUUCUGUAACAAAACGGUAGCUGGAAGUUCAAGUGCAGAACUACUUGCAACAUUUUGCGACAAUAUUCUCAAGAAGGGGGGAAGUGAAAAACUAAGUGAUGAAGCUAUUGAAGAUACGCUUGAGAAGGUGGUCAAAUUGCUUGCAUACAUAAGUGACAAGGAUCUUUUUGCUGAGUUCUACAGGAAGAAGCUGGCCCGCAGGCUCUUAUUUGAUCGCAGUGCUAAUGAUGAUCAUGAGAGAAGUAUCCUUACAAAGCUCAAGCAACAAUGUGGUGGACAGUUUACUUCUAAGAUGGAGGGCAUGGUGACAGAUUUGACAUUGGCUAGAGAAAACCAAAACAGUUUCGAGGAUUAUCUAGGCAAUAACCCUGCUGCAAACCCUGGGAUUGAUUUGACUGUCACUGUUCUUACCACUGGUUUCUGGCCAAGUUACAAAUCAUUUGACAUAAAUCUACCUAGUGAAAUGAUCAAGUGUGUUGAAGUCUUCAAAGGGUUUUAUGAAACGAAAACGAAACACAGGAAGCUUACGUGGAUCUAUUCACUGGGAACUUGUCACAUCAACGGGAAGUUUGAUCAAAAGUCCAUCGAGUUAAUUGUGUCUACUUACCAGGCUGCUGUGCUUCUACUCUUCAACACAACUGACAAGUUAAAUUACACUGAGAUCUUGGCUCAACUGAACCUAAGCCAUGAAGAUCUAGUUAGGUUACUUCAUUCCUUGUCAUGUGCUAAGUACAAGAUUCUCCUUAAGGAACCAAGCACCAAGACUGUCUCUCAGACUGAUGUCUUUGAGUUCAACUCAAAAUUCACCGAUAGGAUGCGCAGAAUCAAGAUCCCUCUUCCCCCAGUUGAUGAAAGGAAGAAAGUCGUUGAAGAUGUCGAUAAAGACAGACGCUAUGCAAUUGAUGCUGCCAUUGUCAGGAUCAUGAAGAGCAGGAAAGUAUUGGGACAUCAACAGCUUGUUUCUGAGUGUGUUGAGCAACUUAGCCGAAUGUUCAAGCCUGAUAUCAAAGCGAUCAAGAAACGUAUGGAGGAUUUAAUAACCAGAGAUUAUUUGGAGAGGGACAAGGAGAAUCCUAACAUGUUUAGGUACUUGGCUUAGGGCAAAACAACUAUGGAAGUGGUUGGCUCAUGAAAGGUAAUGCAUCGGAGGAUCUGCUUUGUAUAUUAGAAGUCCAUAUGGAUACUAUCCUAAAAAAAUUAUCGCUUCAUU